AUGGCUCGCAUCUAUCAAACCGUCAGAUCUGUCCCUCGAAGAAAGAACACUAUCCAAUUCUUCUAUCAUCUCACCUCUGGUGGUGACUGCACUGUUGCCGCGAGACUUGGUGGUAGUAUGUUUUGGUCUGCGGCUGCUUCUAGAGACGCCGGCUCUUGGGUCAAGGUCCUUGGACAGGUAGAAGCCUCAGAUAGUACGCCUACCUUUGAUGUUUCUUUGACGUGUAGUGGUGCGGGCAGUUCUUCUAUUCUGGUGGACUCAAUCUUUAUCUCUGAUAAGGUCACGCCGGACACGAUCGGGAGUGGUCAGCUCGACUUUGGCUCAGUUCCGGUUCCCGUUGUUACCACUGCCAUUGAGCCCACUUCUCGAACAGCACGAACUACUGACUCACGGAGCGCGAAUACCGCCAAGGCCAGCUCCACGACCUCUUGGAACGAAGCAAGCUUUGCCCGCUCAACAGAAAUGACGAUGGGAAGCUUGUACCCUAUUAGAGGAUCUACUGAUGUUACGGAGCUCAAAGCAGAAAGAUCACCUUCUGUCACAGACAACACCUCCAAUUCUUACACUCCUACAAUUGUUGAUCCUGAAAUCAUCAACAGAUCAACCUCUGACGGCUCCACAGAGGUCACAGUGGAAGGAUCACUCCCCGUCACUGGCACUACAGGUACCAAAUCCGACGCUGCUACGUUUACUAUCUCAGAAGACAUAGAGGCCCCUUCAGAUUUUACAACCACCAGACCUAGUGAGGGACACUUUGGCACUACAAAAGUUGUGGAUCAAGGAAACGACACCCCUGCAUCCAAAACUACCACCGCUGAACCGGCCGAAUUAACUGGCUGUUCAGCAACAUGCACCCUCAUCGAAGACUACCAAUAA